AUGGUCGCCACCAAACUCGAUGGCACCGCCAUCGCCAAGAGCAUCCGUGAGCGCAUCGGCGCCGAGAUCAUCGAGAAGCAGAAGCGUAAUCCCCGCUACAGGCCAUCCCUGAAGAUCAUUCAAGGCAUGCGUGAUCCCUUUCCUGGCCACGACCGUCCCGCCCUCGCUGACCCCGUCCUUUGGCACCACCUACGUCCGGAUGAAGCUCAAGGCCGCCCAGGAGGUAAGCUCAGCCGCCGAUGCCACGCAGCCUGUGCGCUCACGCCCGUCGUCGCCCAGGCCGGCGUCGCUUGCGAAUUGCUUCACUUCCCCGAGACCAUCACCGAGACGGAGCUGUUGGGCCAGAUCCGACGUCUCAACCACGACACCACGGUCAACGGCAUCCUCGUCCAGCUCCCCCUUCCCGGCUCCAUCGGCGAGGACAGCAUCACGUCGGCCGUGGCCGACGAGAAGGACGUCGACGGCUUCGGCACCAACAACAUCGGGGAGCUCGCCAAGCGUGGGGGCAAGCCCAUCUUCACGCCCUGCACGCCCAAGGGCAUCAUCCACCUGCUCAACGAGGCCGGCGUCGAGCUGACGGGCAAGUCGGCCGUCGUUCUCGGCCGCAGCAACAUCGUCGGCGGCCCCGUCAGCUACCUUCUCCGAAACGCCGACUGCACCGUCACCGUCUGCCACUCCAAGACGAAGGCCCUCCAAAGCUACCUCAAGCACGCCGACAUCGUCAUCGCCGCCAUCGGCCAAGCCCAGUUCGUCAAGGGCGAGUGGCUCAAGGAGGGCGCCGUCGUCAUCGACGUCGGCACCAACUUCAUCCCCGACGCGUCGAGGAAGAGCGGCCAGCGGAUGGUCGGCGACGUCGAGUACGAGUCGGCAAGCCAGGUGGCCUCGGUCAUCACGCCGGUCCCCGGCGGCGUCGGGCCCAUGACGGUGGCCAUGCUGCUCCAGAACGUCGUGGAAGCCACCACGCUCUUCUUCGAGACGGAAAAGAAGCGCAAGACGAUCCCGCUGCCGCUGAAGCCGAGGAAGCCGGUGCCGUCGGACAUUGCCAUCUCGAGGGAGCAGAGGCCCAAGCAGAUCAGCCGCAUCGCCGCCGAGGUCGGCAUCGCCCCUCACGAGCUGGAACCCUACGGCGCCUUCAAGGCCAAGGUGGAUCUCAACCUGCUCAAGCGGCUGCAGCACCGACGAGACGGCCGCUACGUCGUCGUCACGGGCAUCACUCCGACGCCCCUCGGCGAGGGCAAGUCGACGACGACCAUGGGCCUGGCCCAGGCCUUGGGCGCCCACGUCGGCCGCCUGACCUUUGCCAACGUCCGGCAGCCGAGCCAGGGUCCCACCUUUGGCAUCAAGGGCGGUGCCGCCGGCGGAGGCUACAGCCAAGUCAUCCCCAUGGACGAGUUCAACCUGCACCUCACGGGCGACAUCCACGCCAUCACGGCGGCGAACAACCUUCUCGCGGCCGCCAUCGAGACGCGCAUCUUCCACGAGAACACGCAAAAGGACGGCCCGCUCUACAGGCGGCUCGUGCCGGCCAAGAACGGCGCCCGCACGUUUGCGCCCGUCAUGCUCCGCCGGCUCAAGAAGCUCGGCAUCGACAAGACGAACCCGGACGACCUCGACGAGGAUGAGAUCCGCCGGUUCGCGCGCCUCGACAUCGACCCCGAGACCAUCACCUGGCGCCGCGUCCUCGACGUCAACGACCGCCACCUCCGCGGCGUCACCGUCGGCACCGCGCCGACGGAGAAGGGGCAGAGCCGCGAGACGGGCUUCGACAUCUCGGUGGCGAGCGAGUGCAUGGCCAUCCUCGCCCUCAGCACGAGCCUCGGCGACAUGCGCGAGCGCCUCGGCCGCAUGGUCGUCGCCACCUCUCGCGGCGGCGACCCCGUCACCUGCGACGACGUCGGGGCCGGCGGCGCGCUGACGGCGCUCAUGCGGGACGCCGUCAAGCCCAACCUCAUGCAGACGCUCGAGGGCACGCCCGUCUUCGUCCACGCCGGGCCCUUUGCCAACAUCAGCAUCGGCCAGAGCUCCAUCAUCGCCGACAAGCUGGCGCUCAAGCUGGCCGGCACGGAGCCCGACGAGGACCACGACGCCAGCACGGGCUUCGUCGUCACCGAGGCCGGCUUCGACUUCACCAUGGGCGGCGAGCGCUUCUUCAACAUCAAGUGCCGCGCCUCGGGCCUCGUGCCCGACGUCGUCGUCGUCGUCGCCACGGUGCGAGCUCUCAAGGUGCACGGCGGCGGUCCCCCGAUCGCGCCGGGCGCGCCCCUGAGCCCCGUCUACAAGGAGGAGAACGUGGAGAUCCUCCGGGCCGGGUGCGUCAACUUGAGGAAGCAUAUUUCCAACGCCAAGUCGUUUGGCAUCCCCGUCGUCGUCGCCAUCAACCGAUUCGCGACGGACACGGCGGCCGAGAUUGCCGUCAUCCGCGAGGAGGCGCUGGCUGCCGGUGCCGAGGACGCCAUCCUUUCGGACCACUGGGCCGAGGGCGGCAAGGGAGCCGUUGACCUCGCCAAGGGCGUCAUGGCGGCGUCGGUCAUGGCCAAGGAGAUGACGCUGACGUACGGGCUGGAGGGCACCGUGCAGGAGCGCAUCGAAGCCAUCGGCACGAAGAUGUACGGCGCCGCCAAGGUUGAAUUCAGCCCGCUGGCGCAGAAGAAGGUGGACACGUACACGAAGCAGGGCUACGGCCACCUGCCCAUCUGCGUUGCCAAGACGCAGUACUCGCUGUCGCACGAUCCGGAGCUCAAGGGGGCGCCGACGGGCUUCACCAUCCCCAUCCGCGACGUGCGCAUGGCUGCCGGAGCCGGUUACCUGUAUGCUCUCGCCGCCGACAUCCAGACCAUCCCGGGCCUGCCGACGGCGCCGGGCUACCUCAACGUGGACGUCGACGUCGAGACCGGGGAGAUUGAUGGCCUAUUUUGA